AGGUGACACUAGUGUGUGGAGGUGGUCACUUCCUCGGCCGCCCUUCCAGCUUCCUCUUCCAAUGUACAAUAUCUUGCGCAUAAACGGUGACCGCCUGCGGCUCUUGAAAUAACCCAUUGUUCUGCCUCAGCUAGCUACCCGCGACUCGAGAGCAAAGGCGAACAGAAUCUCUGAUCAAGUUUUGGGAUUCCGGACAUCUUUCGCAGUACGGAACACGUCAGACCUAACCCAGGCUGCCUUAGUCUACGUCGCCACAAGCUUCGAUGAUGUCCGCACAGCUACAGCAGCCCGGAGCGGCUCCACCCUCUGCGUCCCCCUUUGCGGCCAACACAGCUGCCGGACAAGCAUCCGGAGUCGCGCAGCACCCGGCAGCGGAGCAACAGUCAGAAAGUGACAGUGGGAAUCAGGCCCCCGUCCCGCUUGUGAAUCGCGCAAAUAAGAGCAAUAGCCCCUAUAUUCGAGCCCAUGCCGGCUCGCCGGUCAAGUGGCAGCUGCUUGAUGAUGAGGCGAUAGAGCGGGCAAAGAGGGAGAACAAGCUGGUGUUUCUGAAUGUUGGCUUCCGCGCUUGUCAUUACUGCUCCCUGACGACCGAAGAGUCGUUUUCCCACCCGUCCGUCGCGUCCCUCCUGAACGAGGCCUUCAUCCCGGUUAUCGUCGACCGCGAAGAGAGGCCCGAUAUUGACACCAUCUACAUGAACUACAUCCAGGCGGUGAACGGGGUGGGCGGGUGGCCCAUCAACGUGUUCUUGACCCCGGAGCUCGAACCUGUGUUCGGCGGCACGUACUGGCCCGGCCCGGGGACGGAGCGCGGCGGCGAGGACAACACGGACGAGGGCUCCCUCGACUUCUUAGUCAUCCUCCAGAAGAUGGAAAAGGUAUGGCAGGAGCAGGAAACGCGCUGCCGGAAGGAGGCUCAGGAGAUUCUCGAUCAGCUGCGCGUGUUCGCUGCUGAGGGGACUCUGGGUGCCAGGGGCAUCGGCCCCCCCGGCAUCGGCGCCCCGGGAAUCGCCACCCCCGGCACCGGCACCCCGGGUAUCAGCACCCCGACAACUCCCACGGGAACAUCCAGCGCGGCUGCGACCGCUGCUGGGGUUUCCGCGACGAUGACGAACCUCGGCGCGAGCCGGGCCCCCGCCUCUGCCGGCGCACCCCCUCUGGACCUGGACCUAGACCUGGACCUGGACCAGCUGGAGGAGGCGUUCACGCACAUCGCGGGGGCCUUCGACGCGGUCAACGGCGGGUUCGGGGCGGAGCCCAAGUUCCCGACGCCGGCGCGGCUGUCGUUCCUGCUCCGGCUGGCGCGGUUCCCCGCCGCGGUCGCCGACGUCGUCGGCGGCGAGGAGGUCCGGCACGCGACGCUGAUCGCGCUGCACACGCUCCGGCACAUGCGCGACGGCGGGCUCAGGGACCACGUCGGGGCCGGGUUCGCUCGGUACAGCAUCACGGCCGACUGGGCUUUGCCGCACUUUGAGAAGAUGGUGCCGGAUAAUGCGCUGCUGCUGGGCGUCUACCUUGAUGCGUGGCUGGGGCAGGCGGCAGCGAGCGGGGGCCUGAAGAAGGAGGACGAGUUUGCGGACGUCGUCCUCGAGCUGGCUGACUACCUGACGAGCCCGCCAAUUCUUGGGAAGGAGGGCGGUGGGUUUGCAUCGAGCGAGGCGGCAGACUCGUUCUACCGCAGGGGGGACCGGCAUAUGCGGGAGGGUGCUUACUACGUGUGGACGCGGCGGGAGUUUGACGCCGUCGUCGGCGGAGGAGGGGGAGGAGGAGGAGGCGGAGGCGUAGGAGGAGCUGCAGGAAAGGAUGCCGGGCAGCACGCGAGUUCGGUCGCGGCGGCGCACUGGAACGUGCUCGAGCACGGCAACGUGCCGAGGCACCACGAUCCGCACGACGAGUUCCUCAACCAGAACGUGCUCAGCGUCGCCAAGAGCACGGCGGAGCUGAGCGGGCAGUUCUUUAUUUCCGUCGACGAGGUGAAGGGCAUCGUCGCGUCGGCGAAGGAGAGGCUCCUCGCGCACCGCGAGCGGGAGCGCGUCCGGCCCGACACGGACGGGAAGGUCGUCGCGAGCUACAACGGCAUGGUGAUCGCGGCAUUGGCGAGGACGGCAGCGGCCGUCCGCGAGGUGGACGCCGACAGGUCGGCUAGGUACCUGACCGCGGCUGCGGGGGCGGCCGAGUUCGUCCGGGAGAAGCUGUGGGAUGCCGAGAAGAAGGUGCUCUUCAGGUCGUUCUACGAGUUCAGGAGCGAGACCAGGGGGUUUGCGGACGACUAUGCCUUCAUGAUCGAGGGCCUCCUGGAGCUCUUCGAAGCCACGGGUGAGGAAAAGUGGGUGGAAUGGGCAGAUGAGUUGCAAAAGAUCCAAAUCGACCUAUUCUACGACGCCCCCUCCCCGACCACCAACACCAGCAGCGGCGGCGAGGAGCCGAGCAAGGCCCCCGCCCAGCGCGCGUCAUCCGGGGCCGGCGGCGCCGGUGGCUUCUACUCGACGGAGGCGUCGGCGGGGCACACGAUCCUACGGCUCAAGGACGGCAUGGACACGGCGCAGCCGUCGACCAACGGGGUGUCGGCGUCGAACCUGUUCCGGCUCGGGGCGCUGCUCGGGGACGCCCGGUACGCGGGCUUCGCGCGCGAGACCAUCAACGCGUUCGAGGUCGAGAUGCUGCAGUACCCCUGGCUCUUCGUCAGCCUGCUGUCGGGCGUCGUGGCGGCGCGGCUCGGUGCGCGGAGCCAGGUGGUCGUCGUGGGUGAGGACCAGGACCAGGAGGAGGAGGUACGGAGGUCCCAUAAGGCGCCGAGGGCGGAGGCGCGUGUGUUGGUGCGACUUGGGUCGGGGGCCGCUGCUGGAUCGUCGUGGUUGCUGAGGCGGAAUGGUGCACUCGAUAAGUUCGUCGCCGGGGGGGGACGGAGCGGGGUUCUUGAGUGGAAGGAUGGGGUGUAUGGCCCUGUAGAUGCUGGGUUGUCUGAGGGGUCGGUUUGAUUGUGCGGGGAAAGUAUUCAAUCGCGUGGAGGAGGGUGCUUUUGAUUCAUUUAUAUAUACAUCUCUCUCUCAUUGUCCUUUCGGUUGGGCUAAGUAGUGGUUAAGUGGACGGUGAGAGGCUCAGGCUGGCAUUCGGUAGGAAGGAGUUGAUGCGCAACCUGGGAUACCCAGGGGCGGACUGGCUUGCAUCUGGCUAACGGUGGUGAGGAGGGUUUCUAUCGCGAUAUACAGGCCUGCAUGGUAUGGUCGAGGAUGGGGAGGGACGUUAGAAUAGAAAUCGUAAGGGUCUACACGUAUUUGGCACCCAAACAGUGAGAGGGGGAAGUCAAACGUAGCUAUUCUGCCCUAUUAAUAAUGCUGGGCACUUUCAUAGACUAUUAUACGUUCCCUUGGAGGGACGACUGUGGCAAGCUCAAGCCAGAAAAGGUCAUGGUUUCGCAGUCGGAAUUGACAUGAG